GUAAGAUAAAGCUGGUCCCCUUCUCUUUUGAGUUCACAGUAAAGUUACAUCGCAAAUCAAAAACUUCAACUUUAAUUUCAAUCUUUAACUUCAGUCUCUAACUCCAUAACACUUUACUUGAAUAACACAUUUCUUGUUUCAAAGCAAUCUUCAACACCAAAAUGCAAUUCACAUACGCUGCCAUUUCUGCCCUCCUUGCCUCAGUGGCGUACUCCCAGAGUAUCGCUAGUGAAGUGGCACAACUCCCAUCUUGUGCCCUUGCCUGUUUGUCAACAGCUUCCAGUGGUGCUGGAUGUAGUAUUGCCGACUUUGCUUGUCAAUGUGGUGAUGCUAAAGAUGCUAUCACUAAAUCUGCGACUCCAUGUAUCGCAGCUGGAUGCUCUGCCUCUGAUGCUUUGAACACUCAAAAAAUCACAACCGAAAUCUGUGCUCUCCAAGCAGCUGCUGGUUCAUCAGGUUCUUCAGCCGCCGCCUCUUCGACUCAAGCAUCAUCUUCAUCUUCAACCGAUUCAGCUUCUUCAUCGGCAAUUAGCAACAUUUCUUCAGCAGGUAGCUCUAUCGCUAGCGCCACUGGCGCGGCUUCUUCAAGUGUAUCUUCAAUUCUAUCAUCCGCUUCCUCUGCUAUUUCUUCAGCUUCUUCUUCAGCUUCUUCUGCUUCUGCUACAGUUUCUACUGCUGCAGGAAGUAGAGUUAAUGCUGCUGGAGCCAUUGUUGGAGCUGGUUUCUUAGCCGCUUUUGCUUUGUAAGCAGUCUGGCUCGUAUGAUGGAGAUAUCAUGAUACGGCAAAAUUAUAUAUGUAAUUAGACUGGAAUGAGAUCAUUGAGAUGGGAGAUGGAGAUUAUGCAUAUAUCAAGAUAAAUAAUGUGUUUCGAUUCUUUACACAACUUUGCUUGGUGGGGGGGAGGAAAAUGGAAAAAAGCUUGGUUGCUGGACUUCUUAUCAAAAUAAAUUUCUAAUGAAUAACGCAUUAUUGCUGUUCAAUCCCUUCAGCAAUAUUUGACUUAAGACAUAAUGAUAUCAAUUGAACCAAAUUAUAUUCGAUAAAAUCACAACAAAUCAAUUCAGUUCAAUUACCAAUACAUAAUUGUGAAAUAAACUCGACUCAAAUCGUAUCA